AUGUUUUCUCUCGACAAUUCUAGAGCCUUUCUUUUGCUAUCACUUGUAGUUAUUGUGCUUAUCAGCUCUUGUAAUUCCGAGACACUAGACUACAAUAAUUGGAAUUGCAGGACGGAACUUCGAUCUAUUAAUGAAACCAAGGACUAUUAUUACAAAUCCAAUCUCACAGACCUGCUGGAUACUUUAUCCAUCAAAUCUCUUGAUAACUACAGCUUUCACAAUGACACCUCUAGUAAUGGUGUCAUCUACGGCCUCUUUCUCUGCCGAGGUGAUUUUUCUAGUAACGACUGCCAAAGAUGUGUCGGCAAUUUGAGAAGUUUCACCAAUCGUAAUUGUUCAAGUGGUAGAAGAAGCAUCACGUGGCUUGAAGACCAAUGCAUGAUAAGGUACUCUGACAUUAAUUUCUUCGGAGUCGCAGAUACAGAGUAUUUCUCGGGGUCCUUGAUUGGCGAGAAUUAUAGUUCACCAGCAGACGCUAAAUUAGGAAUACUUGAUCUAAUGACCGAACUAGUAGAUGAAGCUUUAAAAAGUGAUAAGUUGUUCAAGGCAGGUAAUCGGGCAUUGGAAAACGGGAAUGGUUUUGUAUAUGGGUCGGUACAGUGUACAAGAGAUCUCAAUAGUACGGAGUGUAGCAAAUGCCUAAAAAGGUUUAUGAAAGAAAUCCGUGACUUUUGCGAGGCGGGGAUAGACUGUAAGGUGCUUGCCUCAAGUUGCCUUCUAAGGUAUGCCAACUCCUCUUUCAUAGAACAACCACCAGUGUCGCCGUCCCUCUCAACACUGCCGCUGCUGCCACCGUCCCCGUCACAGAGGCCGCCAUCUGGUAACGGAACUGUUCUGAUGCAAGGGCAGAGACCUAUUGCUUUCCAUAGCCAAUUCUUGAAGGGUAGGAGUUUACAUCUUCCCGCUUAUGAGGAGUUCUUGACCUUGGUUAAAGAAGUUAAAAAGUGGAGACCUUAUCUUCUUGUGGAUUACAAGAAGAGCCAGGAAAACAAGGUGACAGAUGCACUAUCAAAGUUAGGUUGUCUUCUGAAGAGUGGAUAUAUGGCUCCUGAGUAUGCAAUGUUUGGACAGUUCUCAAUCAAGUCAGAUGUCUUUAGUUUUGGUGUGUUAAUUUUGGAGAUCGUGAGCGGCCAAAAAAUUACUUCUUUUUGUAAUGAAGAGAAUACAGAGCACCUUCUAAUCUAUGCAUGGAAAAAUUGGCGUGAGGGAACAAUUUCAAAUCUCAUAGAUCUCACAUUGAGCAGUAGUCCAAUAACUGAAAUAAUGAGAAUUAUCCACAUUGGACUGCUAUGUGUUCAAGAAAAUGUAGCUGACAGACCAAAUAUGGCUUCAGUUGUUCUCAUGAUAAAUAGCAAUUCUAUUGCUCUCACUACACCUACACAACCUGCAAGUUUCAUGCGGAGCAAUAUUUUGCCAGCCACAUCAUUGCAACAAGACAUUGGUUCCAACGUAUCUGUCAACAAGGUUUCAAUUACUGAGUUAUCUCCUAGAUAA